AUGAGUUCAUUAAUUAAAGAAUCUCCUCAACAUGUUUGGGAAACCUUACAAUCUAAUAUACCAAUUCCAGCAGCUUCAGUUGCAAAUGCUGUUCCUUUACCAAAUACUGAAGAACCUGGAUUUUCAGCAGUUUAUAGAAAUGAAUAUUCACCAAAACAAUUGAUUAAUGUUCCUUAUCCUGGAAUAGAUACAUUAUAUAAAUCAUUUGAAUUAUCAGUUGAAAAUAAUGCUAAAGAAAAAGCUGUUGGUCAUAGAAUUAAAAAUUCAGAUGGUACUUUUGGUCAUUAUGUAUGGGAAGAUUAUAAAACUUUACAAAUUAGAAGAAAUAACUUGGGUUCAGGUAUUUAUUUUAUAUUACAAAAUAAUCCUUAUAAAACUGAUAGUGAAGCUCAUAAAAAAUUACAAUAUGAUCCAACAAAUGAAGAUCCAUUUGUUUUAACUAUAUUUUCACAUAAUAGACCUGAAUGGGCUUUAGCUGAUUUAACUGCAAUUGCUUAUAAUAUUACUUCAACUGCACUUUAUGAUACUUUAGGUCCUGAUACAAGUAAAUAUAUUUUAAAUUUAACUGAAUCACCAAUUAUUUUAUGUUCAAAAGAUAAAAUAAAGGGAUUAAUUGCAUUAAAAGAAAAAUAUCCUGAAGAAUUAAGUAACCUUAUUACAAUAAUAUCAAUGGAUGAUUUAAAUACUGAGGAUUCAAUUUUAAAAAAUAAAUGUCAUGAACAUAAAAUCUCAUUAUUUGAUUAUAAACAAGUUGAAAAAUUAGGUGAAAUUAAUCCAUUAGAUCCAAUACCUCCAAAACCUUCAACACCUUUUACAAUAACUUUUACUUCAGGAACCACCGGAGCAAAUCCAAAGGGAGUAUUAUUAACCCAUCAAAAUGGUGUAUCAGGUAUUACAUUUAUGUUUUCAAAUUUUCAAAGUGGUAAUGGAUCAACUAUGUAUUCAUUUUUACCAUUAGCUCAUAUUUAUGAAAGAGCAAGUGUUCAAUUUGCAUUUGCUGCUGGUGGUUCUAUUGGUUUCCCACAGGGACCAUCUCCAUUAACUUUAUUAGAUGAUAUUAAAGAAUUAAAUCCAGAUUAUUUAGCAUUAGUUCCAAGAGUUUUAACUAAAUUAGAAGCAGGUAUAAAAGCACAAACUGUAAAUAAUGAUGAAAAACCAAUACUUAGAAACAUCUUCACCAAAGCAAUUAAUAAAAAAUUAGAAUUACAAGCUGAUCCAAAAAAUGAACAUAUAAAUCCAUCACAUUUAAUUUAUGAUAGAGUCUUGGGGUUGUUACGUAAAAAGUUAGGACUUCAAAAUCUUUCAGCAGUUACAACUGGUUCUGCACCAAUAAGUCCAGAAACUAUAAAAUUUUUAAAAGCUGCUUUAAAUACUGGAUUAGCCCAAGGUUAUGGUAUGAGUGAAACUUUUGCUGGAAUUAUGGGAAGUUCAAAAUUUGAAACUCAAUCAAGUUCUUGUGGUCCAAUUUCUGUUACAACAGAAUGUAGAUUAAGAGAUUUACCUUCAAUGGGUUAUACAUCAAAAGAUAAAGGUGGACCAAGAGGUGAAUUAUUAGUUAGGGGUCCACAAAUCUUUGCAGGAUAUUUUAAAAAUCAAGAAGAAACUGAAAAAUCAUUUGAUAAAGAUGGUUGGUUUUAUACUGGAGAUGUUGCCAAGAUUGAUUCAGAAAAUGGUAAUAGAGUUUAUAUAAUUGACAGAGUUAAAAAUUUCUUUAAAUUAGCUCAAGGUGAAUAUGUUACUCCAGAAAGAAUUGAAAAUACUUAUUUAUCAGCAUUUCCAUAUAUUGCUCAAUUAUUUGCUCAUGGUGAUUCUUUACAAACUUAUUUAGUUGGAGUUGUUGGUUUAGAUCCAAUGUCAAUAUCUCAGUAUAUUAAAUCAAGACAUAAUGAAUCAAUAACAGAUCAUGAAGAUAUAAAAAGAUUUUUCAAAGAUCCAAAACGUAAAAGAGAAUUAUUAAUUGAUAUGAAUAAAUCUAUAGCUGAUCAAUUACAAGGUUUUGAAAAAUUACAUAAUAUAAUUAUUGAUAUUGAACCUUUAAGUGUUGAAAAAAAUUUAAUUACUCCAACUAUGAAGAUAAAAAGACCAAUUUGUACAAAAUAUUUUGAAAAUGAAUUAAAAGAGUUAUAUGAUGAAGGUUCUAUAAUUAAGAGUGAAAAGUUGUAG